GAGGUUGUGACAUCACUGCUCAUGGGGUUGAGCACUUUUGAUCUUGACCAUUAUGGGUGCAUAAUUGGACAUAAAAACAUCGUUUAUAUUUCAUGUGGAACCUGUAUGUAACAUUUUUAUGAAAUUUUCAUAUCACAAGGCUCUUCUCAAGCUGUGAAUGGAUUUUGAGUCUACAUUGGGGCCGAGUUUUUGCCUAGGAUGUCCCGACAUGAAGGUGUAAGCUGUGACUGCUGUCUGAAAAGUAAUUUCCGAGGCAGAAGGUACAAGUGUCUGAUUUGUUACGACUAUGACCUUUGUUCGACCUGCUAUGAAAACGGAGCAACAACUACAAGGCAUACAGCAGAGCAUCCAAUGCAGUGUAUACUUACUAGAUCAGAUUUUGAUUUGUAUUAUGGUGGUGAAGCGGUGAGUUUAGACCAAGCCCAGUCCUUCUCCUGUCCAUAUUGUGGGAAGAUGGGGUUUACAGAAACAACCUUACAAGAGCAUGUCACUUCUGAACAUUCUGACUCAAAUGCAGAAGUGGUGUGUCCAGUGUGUGCAGCAUCGCCAGGAGGUGACCCUAAUCACGUGACUGAUGAUUUUGCAGCUCAUCUGACGUUAGAACACAGAUCAUCACGAGAAAUUGAUGAAGCAGGCAAUGUGAGGCAUCUAAGAAGAAUGUUUCAUCCAGGCAGAGGUAUAGGACCCAGACCAAGGCGGACAAACAUGCAUUUUGGUGGUGGCAGUGCACUCUCGGCAGGUCAAAGUUCAGGUUCUCCUGGCAACAGAGAAGCCAUGGAUCCUAUAGCAGAACUCUUAUCACAAUUAUCUGGGGCUAGGCGGUCAGCGGGUGGUCUUGCCAGCCAUUCUUCGACAGCCUCACAGUUGCAUCAACUACAGAUGAUGCAGCUGCAACUAGAAAGGCAGCAACAGCAACAACAGCAGCAGCAACAACAGCAGCAACAAUCUCAGAAUGCCCAAGUUAGGAGUAUGGGGAGACGGCAAGUAGAAAGUUUGACAGUACCUCCUCCACGGAGACCUACCGGGGCAGCUGCAUCGGCCAACAGCAACCCUAGCCACGGUGCCCCUUCUUACAGUGCGGUAGUGGAGACUGGUUUAUUAACAGCCAGCACAUCACAGCAACCAGAGUCCCAGUAUCUAUUGUCAAGGAUAAACGAGCCUUCCCUAUCAGAAACGGACCUCCAGGUUUCAGAGAUAGAGAAUGCUGACCGCAGUUUCUUUCUCCAAGAUCUGAUCCUCUCCACGCUAAACGACUCCGACAAGGAGUCGGACUCUUCACUAGAAAACAUAGAGGGCCUCCUUGCUUGCAGCAGUCUCACGGAGGAUACGACGAUAGCAUCGCCAACCCUUCACAAGUUAGGAUCUUUAAAUUUGAAAGAAAAGGAGGGGCCGGCAUAGCACAUAGCCUCUCAGUGUGUUUUGUGUGUUGUUUGUGACUGAUAUUGUAAACGAGGCGAGUAAAAACAAGAUAGAAUGAAAAAAAAGAAACAAAAUCAAUUUACCAGUGCAUUCUUGUAUAUUAUAUUAAUAUGAAUAUAUAUAAACUAUGAUAUCCAAUGGUAGAGAAUCUGCAUAGCAUUAUCAAGUCAGUUUAGGACUGGACUAAGCCAGGGGCCGAGAAUAGUGGGCACUUAUAUCAGUCUUUUGCAAUAUUUCUUUUUAUACUUUUUUUGCAGAUGCAGUAGAUUGUUAGCAAGAGAGAGACAGAUAGGGGCCUCACUAAAGUUAUAUUGCUAUUGGUAACCUCUGUCUGACAGGGAUUUUUCCAUGUUUUUUUUUGUGUGUAAGAAUGUGGAUCAAUUAUGACAUUCAUUAUUAAUGAGAUCCUCUGUUUGUGAUCCAUCAUGUUGCAUUUGUUGUCUUUCUGUCACUUAACCUGCCAGAUAAGCAUAAUUUGUUCGUCUCAUUUAGAGCAAUUAAAAAAAUCAAGCAUAUGGAUCCGUAUUCUGAUAUUAAGAUUAAUGUAAACUAUGUCUAAAGUUGUGCUUUAUCUAUGAUAGAGGUCCAAACUGUGAGCGCAUGUGACAUUGUAAGGCUGAUAACAUUAUGGGAAGACUAACAUGUUUCUUUACCCUUCCUGAGAAUGAUAAAUAGCAUCUUUUUCUUCACUUAUUUCGGGGAUAGCACAGUUUUCUUCACCUGAAAAAGCAAGGGGAAAAGAGUCCAAGCAAUAUACGAUGAAAACAGAGUAAAUAAAGGUAUAUUUUCGGGUUCCUAUGAUUUUGGCAUUGACUUAGACCAUGGUUUAAACUAAACUAGACUUUAGAAUAUUGGCCAAUUUGUUUGCCUUAUGUCAUAUCAUAAUCUUUCUAAUUAAUGUUCUCUGACAGAUUCCAUUAUUCUGUUGCAUAGGCUUUCAUAUUUCUUUUAUUAGAUAUAAUAAGCUCUUUAUACACACAUGUAACAUUUUUGGACACUCCUAUUAAUGCUGUAAUUUGAAUUUAAUUUUUUUUUCUUCACUUUUUAUCUGUUGGCCCAUCUGCGGAUUCAUACAAUUGCUUUCUCUUAAUUACUUUCAACUUAAGUGAUUUGUCCUGUUACACAAAGCUCACAGAUCAAUUGCACAGUUGAUUGAUACAAUUGAUUGCACACAAUGAUCUAUGGAUCAAUCAUUAAAAUCAGCCAUAUUAUCAACUACAAAGCUCUGUGUUAUCAGUGCUCUGAUUGGUUCUUUCACUGACAGAGAUUGGGACUGUUCACAUUUAGAAAAUUGCCAAUGUUUGCAAAUGUACUGACUUUAAAACCAGAUAUAUUUGAACACUAUUAAUAUUGAUAAAGGUUUUUAUUUACUAAGACGACAGUCAUUUUUGUAUAGAGACUUUCUUUAUGAGAGUUUUUUAGCUUAAAUGAAUCACAACUAUAAACAGAUCAUUUGUGCAUCUUCCAGGAUAUUCUUGAGUUCUGGUAUUGAAUGACAUUUUUUUUAAAGAUGGCUGUCAUAUAUGCUCGACACAAGCAAAUAAGCUUAAAUGAAAAUGUCUGAAUUUAACUAAUAACAGAAAACCCAAACAAACUUAAAAUAACGAUGUCUGAUUGAACGGUCUUGGGGUGAAUAUCAUUUCCCCCAUUCUGGAUCUGUGUUGGUUUUUUUUAAGCACCUGGGAAUUCAAAGCAUUUUCAUGACAUGCGCACUUUGUGCAUCUGAAUUUUUUUCAAACAAUUUAAGAACUAUUUGACACUGAAUUUUUUAAAUUCAUACACUGUCUGAACUCAAGAAUACAUGGGAAAAACAGGCUGUAAGCCCUUCGAUAAACUGAUGUAGUGUACCAGAAAUUAAAACUUUUUUACCGCUGUCGUUGACUUGUGUAUCUAAUAUCUGUAUUGUUGUGUAUGAAAAUUAUCAAAAGCAAUGCCUUGAAUAGAAGGGAGAAUGAUCAACAAUGUCAAUUUAUUGAGAUGACUAAUGCUUAUUAGGAGGACGGUGAAGGAAAAUGUCCAGCCUUGCAGAAUUACAUUUCUUGAGACAUUUUCUAUUUUGAAGGAUGUGAUUAUGUGAACUGAUACAAUCGUUGUUUUGUUUAACCACCGACGUUGAAUUUUCCACCCUUUGCAGUUUAUGAAAUUUGAGGUGUAAAUGGUUGCAUUGGAGAAUGGCAAGUAAUGGUGAACAAAGCUAUGUAAUUUCAAUAUAUUUUUCAAAUCAGAAUAAUUUCUAGAUAUAAGAAAGCAAUUUUUUUUCCUUCAAAUUAUGGGGCUCUCUGGGAAUGUUAUUCUGCAGAAGCUGGAAAUAUAGCCGAUGAUGUCAUUGCUGAUUAACUUCAUUUUAAAGUACUUGUUUAUAAAAUGAAGAAAGAAAAUUAAUUUGAUUAUAAAGCAAUGGGAUAAUGAAAAAAAAUAUGCACAGUGUUUGUAUGUAUUUAAAUGGACGCUGUGUACUGAGACAUUCUAUGGCAUCGACGUGCAAGGGAGGGUCGACUCCCGAAUGACAAUGUAUGUUUGAAUUGUGUAUAUAUUCCAAGACAAAUUCAAAUGAUGAUGGCAUUGUGGAAGUGGAUUUCGCAGUGUGUUUUCAAAUCUUGUAUUUUUUUCAUGUCCAAAAGGCUAGGUGGCCUAUGAGGCAGCUGCUUAGUUUUCAAGCAUUUUUUUUUUGUUUCCCCCUGUUUCCAUCACAAAUCUACUUUGUGAGAGAUAAUUUUGAUAUGGGAUGAAUAUCUAGAAGAACUUUGCAUUAUGUCAUCCAGAACUGUUGUGUCAAAACUUGUAUUUCUUUCAUUUAGGGUAAUCCUUUGAAGUAAUAUUCCUUUUUUUUUUACAAGAAAAAUUUAUUUUUGGGAUUCUUCUUUGAUAUGAUUGAUCUGGGAGUAAUGUAAUACUUGCAACAAUAUGACUUAAAACAGUAUUCCAAAGCAGGGCAUUCUCUUUUAUACCAAGUAAACUAUCGACACACACACACAUAUACCCCCAAACACAGACAUGCUAGCACCCUAAUACAGACUCACACACAAGAAGAAAAUUAUUUUCAAGACUACUGCAUCAUUCCCCAAUUUCCCCUUAAUACAUGCACGAGCAAAAUUAGAUUUUGUAUGGUAUAGCCAUUUAUAAAUAUUCAUUAUACAUCCAUCCUGUGGAAAUAUUUUCAUUUACAGAGGUCAUUCAAAUUCUUUAGAAAUCUUGAAGAAUGAAACAACCAUUAACAGGGAUUUCUUCAUAACCCUGUUCUUAAAAUUACACAUUGACUGGAAAAUGUUCUUGUGCUUAAUCAUUUAUUCAGCCAGAGUGUCUUUUGAGAUUGAGGUUCUUGUUAUUAACAUAAGUAACAUAAUUUAUAAUUUGUCAACAUUUCAAUGGAUUUAUACAAUGUAUGCCAUUGUAUCUGUAAACACAUGAUCUAAUUGGUGGCUCAGUAGUGUUCGUCCACUGUAUUUGAGAUUGAUUUUAAGUCAUAUUUGACCUUAUGUGCAACUCCCAUGGUAUUAAGGCAAUUGUCCUCUCAAAGCAUAUGCUCGAGGAGGUUCAUGAUAUUCAUGAGGAAUGGAACUUUUAAAAAUCCAAACAGGGUUCCUUAACACAAAGGCUAGUGAACAAUUGUACGCUCGAUUGUAUAUUGUAGUCAAUGCAACAAUCGUAGAAAAAUGUUCUACCAUCAUUGCUAAGCUCUUUGUUACGGGCCCCAGAUACGUGUAGGCUUCAUAUGUUAUAAACUCAUAACAUGUCUUAUUUUGUUGGUUAUUAUUCCUCUGUCAUUACUUUUGUAACAAGUUUGUCCUCUUAUAGUACAAUCCCCAUUGUAGCCAACGAUACUGCAGAGUUCACAAUAAUCUCUGUGACAGGCUUUGUAGUAAUAUUAGAUAACUAAUUUCAUCAGUUUUCUACGACAAAAUAAGUUCAUUAUUUUUCAGGCAUUGCUGGUUUGGUUUCAUUUUCCUGUUAGAUUACUAAAGCAAAUAAAAAAAAUGUAAUGGUUUUUGUGAGUUAUGGGAUGAAUAGUGAAUUCUAAAAAGGUCCCUGACUUCAAGGUUGAGACUCGAGUACAAAGAGAAAGACUGAAUUGGUAUUCUGCUUUUGGCUAUGUUUAUCAUACAUGUACUCACUCCUCUGUCUCUAAAUCAGUUACAGGACUCUUGAAACAUACUAGAUUAUGAUAUUCACACUUUCUAGAAUUAUUUUAAUUGUAAAGAAUUUUCAAAUGUCAGUUACCAUGAAUUUUUUUGGGUCACUGAAUUAUGAUUUUGCUGUGAGUUUGAAGCUGGCCGUCGUCUCUGUUUUACCUUGAUCGAUAAGAUGGCUCACCGACCUCUGAAUAUUUUCUUUUCUCCAGUAACAUUAAAGAAAAUAUUCUGAAAAUGCUGCUGAGAGCUCUUCGUCCUCUGAAUUUUCCCAAGCCCUUCCACAAAAUUACAAACGUACCAUGAUCAUGUAGCAUCUUUGAAUUUAAAAAAAAAAUGCCUUACCAUAUUUGAUAUUUGCAGAAUUUCUACUUUGUUUUACUUGUUGCCUCUCUUUUUUUUUAUUGAACUUAUUUAAAAUGCUUGUUUGACAGGAUCUCUGUAUCAUGACAUUUUCUUUUGUAAGGUAGGACGAUUAAUAUUAUAUCUAAUCCAAGUUAAUUGCUUCUGCAUAUGACACACUGUUAUAUCCUUCCGAUGUCAGCUGUACUGUGUACAUGAAGUUCAGUAUCCCAGUGUUCACUGCAUAAAUAGAUAUGUUAUAAAAGAUAUGAAAUUAAAAAAAAUA